GUAAGCAAAGAUAAUUUUGAGAAAGAAAAGGAGAGGAAAUUCAAAACAAACUCUUCAUUGGGAAACACAACGACCGACAGACGAGUGGAUCGGAAGAUCACCCUUUCUCCUUUUUCUGAGGGGAUAUUGUUCGAUUAAUUCUCCUUUAAAUACCCGCAACCUCCAUUCAACUUCCCAGAGAUUUCAAGCGCCUUCCCGUUUUUUGAAAGCGUUCUUUCAGGUUUUUCCGAUUUGGGGUUUCCGAUUUCCCCGCAAAGAAGGUCUUUUCUGGAGUUGGAUUUCGAAUUCGUUCCGACGAACAAAUGGAGGGCGUCGAUCAUCUUGCCCAUGAGAGGAACAGGUCCCAAUUCGACGUCGAUGCGAUGAAGAUCGUAUGGGCGGGUUCUCGUCAUGCCUUUGAAGUAUCCGAUCGAAUGUCUCGAUUGGUUGCUAAUGACCCAGCCUUUCGAAAGGAUAACAGGGCUCAAUUACCAAGGAAGGAGCUGUUUAAGAACACGCUCAGAAAAACUGCUUAUGCAUGGAAGAAGAUUGUUGAGCUUAAGCUUUCUGAGGAGGAAGCUGCUAGAUUAAGGUUCUUUGUGGAUGAGCCAGCAUAUACAGAUCUUCACUGGGGAAUGUUUGUUCCAUUUGUGAAAGGGCAAGGAACUGAGGAGCAGCUACAGAAGUGGUUGCCAUUGGCUUAUAAAAUGAAAAUAAUUGGUUGCUAUGCUCAAACCGAACUCGGUCAUGGUUCGAAUGUUCAAGGGCUCGAAACAACUGCAACGUUUGAUCCAAAGACUGAUGAAUUUGUUAUUCAUAGUCCUACACUCACCUCAAGCAAAUGGUGGCCUGGUGGUUUGGGUAAGGUUUCAACACAUGCUGUUGUAUUUGCUCGUCUUAUCACGAACGGUCAAGACUAUGGAGUGCACGGUUUCAUAGUUCAGAUAAGGAGUUUGGAAGAUCACUCAGUUCUACCUGGCAUAACCAUUGGAGACAUUGGUAUGAAAUUUGGGAACGGAGCGUACAAUACUAUGGAUAAUGGGGUCAUGCAUUUUGAUCACUUCCGAAUCCCGAGGAACCAACUGUUGAUGAGGUUUUCUCAAGUUACAAGGGAAGGGAAAUAUGUGCAAUCAGAUGUUCCACGGCAACUAGUUUAUGGCACUAUGGUAUAUGUUAGAAAGACGAUUGUAAUUGAUGCUUCAAAUGCCUUGUCACGUGCCGUCUGUAUUGCUACUAGGUACAGUGCUGUUCGUAGACAAUUUGGAUCACAGAAUGGUGUGGAAACCCAGGUGAUCGAUUAUAAAACACAGCAAAGUAGGCUAUUCCCUUUGCUGGCUUCUGCCUAUGCUUUUAGAUUUGUUGGUGAGUGGUUAGAAUGGCUAUAUACGGAUGUGACUCAGAGACUGGGAGCCAGCGAUUUCUCGACACUGCCUGAGGCUCAUGCAUGCACUGCAGGGUUGAAGUCUGUCACAACUGCUGCAACUGCUGAUGCGAUUGAGGAGUGCCGGAAGUUGUGCGGUGGCCAUGGUUACCUUUGUAGCAGUGGGCUUCCCGAGUUGUUUGCAGUUUAUGUCCCUGCCUGUACUUAUGAGGGAGACAAUGUUGUGCUACUAUUGCAGGUUGCACGAUUUCUUGUCAAGACCGUGUCCCAGUUGGUGUCUGGGAAGAAGCCUAUUGGUACAACAGCUUACAUGGGACGGCUACAACAUCUGAUGGAAUCGUCUUGCAAAGUUCAGAAAGCUGAGGAUUGGUUAAACCCAAGCAUCGUUCUUGAGGCAUUUGAAGCAAGGUCAGCUAAGAUGUCUGUGGAAUGUGCCAAAAGACUGAGCAAGUUUACCAAUCAAGAAGAAGGUUUUCAGGAACUUUCUCCUAAUUUAGUUGAGGCUGCAGUUGCACAUUGCCAAUUAAUUAUUGUUUCCAAGUUCAUCGAGAAACUUAAGGGAGACAUACCAGGAAAGGGAGUAAAAGAGCAACUGCAGAAGCUUUGCAGUAUUUAUGCUUUGUAUACACUACACAAACACAUGGGUGAUUUUCUUUCCACUUCCACCAUCACUCCCAAACAGGCAUUUCUUGCUGAUGAUCAACUUAGAUCUCUAUACUCCCAGGUUCGUCCAAAUGCAGUUGCUUUAGUCGAUGCAUUUAACUACACCGACCAUUACCUUGGCUCGAUCCUUGGUCGUUAUGAUGGGAAUGUUUACCCAAAUCUCUACAAUGAGGCAUGGAAGGAACCUCUAAAUGACUCCGCCUUGCCUGAUGGCUACCAUGAAUACAUUAGACCAUUGCUUAAGCAGCAGCUCAGAAAUGCGAGGCUAUGAAGAAUAGGGAUGGUAUAACAAAACGUAAUGCUCUAGAUUAUUUGUAAUAAAUCAUGGAUUCAGCUUGGGAUUUUUAUGUUACAGUUUGAACUCGCAUUUUAUUAUGACGAACAAGUUCUAUUAAAUUUAAGUUUUCUCUAUGAAUGAAGAAUAAAAGUUUUGAAGUUUCA